AUGCACUCGAACAUCCAUGUUACACCCUUCUCCAAGGACCAACUGUAUCAAUCCCCUAAACAGCGCAAAAUCGUAGGUCGCAAUGCAGGAAAGUGGACAAUGAACUCCGAUCGACCUCUCAGAUACAACGGUCAAGGUAAUGAUGACGUAGCCACAUCAGCCAAUCAGCGAGAGGGGCGGAAUAAUUCGAAUUUCUCACAUCCCAACGGUUCCCGCGAAACAACAACCAACGGUCCAAAUGAAGUAAACAAGGUCAAGAGAGUAAAAGAGAACAUCAGAAGAAGGAUUAGGAAGAAAAUGAAAGAUCUGGCCCAGCUUAGCCAAACCAUUGUUUCUGUCGACAAAACCAAUAACUUCGAUCCUGAAUCACUCUCUACAACAAAUUACUCUAGUCACAAGCAUUUCAAUAAACAAUGUAGCUUUAGACUCUCGACAUCGGUUGAACCUGGGAAAAUCCCCGAGAAGAACAAAACAAAUGCAUCUGGAGACACCCCGUUUAAUGGCAGUUGCACGGAAAAGUUUUUCAUUCCACCAGAGAACCAAACUAACAACAGUAAAAGCUGCAGAAAAUCUUUAGCGGCUACGUUUGAAGGUAUGUCACGACAAUUCGGAGCAAUUCCGAAGAACUCCAACCGCUUUGAACCAUACAACAGAGGAGGCAAUAGACGCAACGUGGGCAACACUACAGAUGAAUUUCUGGAUACAUUCAAUGCCACUGCUCUCGGUCGCAAAAAUGAUGAAGGUAAGUUUAACAGCCAACCGGUUUUGCCCCAGAACCUUCUUAACCAUUGUAAGGAAGUGCCACCAUAUAAAAACAACAUAAUUCGGCAAAACACAACACCGAAAAUUGACAAUUUAGGAUUUGGCGAGGAGGAAGAUCACAUGCCUCUACUUGACGAGUCUGAACAGGUGGACACAGAAGUCAUGCAACUCGCCGAGGGAAUAGCCAUCUCCACGAAAAAAGGCUCAGAAAUUAACGGAGUCUCCUCCAAGGUCGUCAAUCUGGAAUUCUUCGAGGAUAACUACCAAAUCCCAGCGUCAAGAGAAAUCAGAAUAACAUUGAGCAGCAACGAAAACAACUCCAUCUACGUCAAGAAUCAAGGGGAUAACGUUCUUCAGCGAUCUUAUAUGGGGGCCCUUAACCGACCAAGAGACUCCCUUAAUUUCGCUGGCAAAAUCUUCAUCUCAAAAAACUUCCCUCGGGACCGCGCGUUUGAAAACUUCUGGGAACAAGAUGACCUGCUUCACGGAUACAAGUUUCCGGAUGGUCUACCCCGCCCAAUAAUGUCGAAAGAACGAGGCCCCUUCGUGUGGAGAGGCAAAGAAUGGAGAAAUCAUCUUCAGGUUAACACAACAACCAGUGUCCUGAUUCACGCUCUUUUCAUACUCGGGUUUGACUAUCGGAACAAUAGGCAGCGCAUUCCAAUGGAAAUCAUCCAGCUUUCUGACGAUGGAACCGAGGAACUAUGCAUCGAUGUGGAAGAAGAGGGGAUCCAACUCGGGAAAUACAUUACCGGAGUCAGAUUUAAAUCAAACUUCAUGACAUACAUAUUCAUGUACUUCUUCCCAAGCCUCCUCGCCCAAUGGGAACCCCUAGGUCUUCUCAUCAAUUGCGAACUGUUUAACGCUAGCCUUGGAUUGGUAGACGAUCAGAGCAUCCGAAAUCAAGGCCAAGUUACUUGGCAAUCCGUCAUCCAUCCAGCACUCAUCUCGACAGUAAUCAACCGGGUGCUGAACGUUGCUUAUAAGAUCCUGGACAACUUCCCCACGAGCGUCACUUUCGACUCCCCCCAAUUUAACAAGGCGAUUGGGGUUACUCCCAUUUCAACCCUCCUUGGUCCAAAUUCAGAGCUAAUGGUAGGACUCCGAGUCCCAAAUUCAAUUUACCCAGGGCUGAAAAAGAUGCUCCAUACCUUCUCGAGCUCAUUCAAGUCCACACUCAACCGCAAUACCGGUCUCGAAAGCUUAAGCCGUGCGAAACAACCUCAUCCCCGUUUCUCAAUGGUCUGGACAAAGGAGCGUUACUUAGGCAAAGGAAUCCCAAUGAAAAGCAUCAUCAUACGUGAGAUCGAAAGGCUACGUAAAGAACGACGGGGAACGUCCGGACGAAUCCCAUACAGAACCAUCGAAGAAUUCCUGGAGAUCGAAGAGAAGGAAACCAAACAAAAAGUUCAAGCUCAUGCUUCUACUCACGUCAAGGCCCUGGACAACCUUAACGCCAAAAGCGAAUUUCAGAACAAUCAGCUAGCCUGGGUCGAACUCUCUAAGCAAAACGGCUACGAAACCCUAACUGCCGAACAAAAGAACACCCGAAUCCGCGAGCUAAUGGCUGAGUUAGAAAGCAAAGCGGCUCCCAACUGCAGCAUUUCCGAUCAGAACAUGGAAACGAACAAGACCAAAACCUUGGGCGACCUUCCAGAAGGUAUCUCCGUAAUCGAAGAAGGGAGCGAACUCGGAAGUAGAGUCACCCUCGAGCGGCACAAUGGCUGCUCCCCUUCUGAAAUCUCGUCGGACCAACAAGGAAUUGGGAACAACCAAGGCAACAACACUUCAGCACGGAAGUCUUCCUUCAACCAGUUCCGAGCCGACCAUCCUGUGAGCACUUCGGAAAUGCGGCAGGAAGCACUGCCAGCGGAUUUGCCUCGUCCACUGGACCUGAUGCCUCGAGAUACCCCCAAUGAAGAUGCCGGAAUGGAGUCUGAAGAACAAUGCACGGAGUCGGAACAAGAGCCUGACAGUGAAGCACAGUCAGGCUCCGCCUCUCUCUCCUCGUUGGCAUGCCGCCUCAACGAAAUGCAAACAAGCUCGGAACAAUGGACUCCGACAAGAAAAUCGGCUAGAAUUAAGAAUCGUAAGACACCGAAGCCAGGAUCACCUGGACUCAAAUCCAUUCAAGAAGGACCUAAAUGCCCCAGGGCUAAAAGAGCGGCUCCCGAAAGCACCGAUGACAACGUCCACACUGAAAAGAGGAGCAAACUUAUGGGUAACCCCAAAGAAGGACGCCCGGAAAGGAAUGUUCAUACUGAAGUUAAUCCCCAGAUCCCUGACACUAUAACAGCCCUCGACAACUCCAGGGCACCCAACGCUCAUUCGGAAGUGACAUUAACCGAAGCUGAAGCCCUACCAUCUGCCGAAGACCUGGACGACUUUCUCUCGACCUCCGAAAGCGACCCCUCCAUUUUAAGCACCAUCAGCUCGAGGGACUUGGAAGAUGUACAAAAAGAAAUCCAAAGCAGAGCCAACUGCCUUAAGGCCUCGACGCCACUGAAAACAAGACAAAGCCGAACUUCGAAAGCGAAAGUGCUCCUGGUAAAUGAGGCGGAAGUGGAGCAAUUUAUCAGAGAUAAAGCCGUUGACAAAAAUGGACAAGAUGGCUCUCCAGGGAAAGCCGACCCAUUCAACAACUCAAUGGCGCUCCCAUCUGAAGAUGUUGAACAACUCUUAGCUCUCCUUGGCGAAAUCAGAACUGUGGAGGAGGUCUGUGAGGACGAUGGCAACUUGGUGAUUGCUAAGUCCUAUGAUCUUUACAAAAGAAACCUGGCACACGCGCAUAAAACUCGCAAAAGUGUCAGCCGAUUCUUCAACCAAGUGGCGCAAUUCGUAGACACGAGACGAAGAUCUAGGUCGAACUGGUACAUUGCAUGCUUCCUGGCUGUAAACGACACUAUCAAAGAACUGAAAGAGAUUUGCAACCGAAAAGAUGAUGACCCCUUUUUCCCCGCCAACCAACUAGACCCAACCUUUGACAAGUUAGCGCUGAAAGAUAUACUGGAGAAGCUCAAGAGUAUUCAAAAGGUGAAGGAGAAUGCGCGGGCAGUGGUCGAAUUCCACGUUGUCAAUCCUGACCUCAUCUUCAGCAUGACGCCCAUCCCCAAGUCAAUUAGCGUUUUUAAUCUUGUUGAACGGUCGGCGGUAAAAGCGAGAAAUCGUUACGGCUGGAAAACGAAGGAUAUUUCCAAGGGUGAGGAUGUUACAAAGAUCUGGGCAGCGAACUUCAACUUGAAUUUCCUGAAGAAGAACGGAAUUCGCUGCGCGUUUGGCCGUUUCGACUCGGAACAUAAUAACUUUCACCUCCAACAGCGAUUUUGCCUAAAGGUAUGCCCCAAAAGGAAAGAAGGAGCAUUUUCCAAACGAGAAAGCAGCCCUGCAAUUAGUGAUGCGCUAAUAGUAGAAACAGUCAGAAGUAAACUCAUAAAGGAUUUUCACUGCCCCAUCUCGUUAGACAAUGUGAACCAAAUCAAUUCCUCUUUUCUGAGCGGUAAAAUCUCCCAAGAAGGACUCGAUUGGAUCGAGUCCCUUGGUCAAAACCCCAAGAAAUCACUGACAAAGCUCAUCCUUUCCCCUGUUUCCAAUAUCUCUCACAUAAAUCUCAUUAGGUCCGAUCGGGAAUCGAACAAGAAGGGGAGGGAAGUGAAGAAAAAGGAGAAACUACUGGAGGACAUUAAGAAAGGUAAAAUCCCCAAUUGCAUUUAUCCAGAAAACUUAAUCAGCCCUAGUGAAUUCGCCAAAGCAACAGUCUCCAACGCCCUUUUCCAAAAAAUUGAUCAAGCGCUUCAUCACCCAGCCCGACACCUCAAAAAGAGAAGAGUCGUGAAAGAAAAACCUCCACAUGGAUGUACACAUUUCGAAAGCCCCUUUCUGCCCUGCAUUGACAACCCGUCAAACUCUGACAUUCAUAAACUGAAUUCUUACUGCAAGGAACUGAACACAUUUAAUAAAAAUAAUGCUCGCAAACUAAAUCUAAUCAACAUAAACCCAGGCAAAGCAAAGAGCACAGGAGAAACGCUACGACUAAUCAGCAGCCAAAGUGAUGAGACUGAUUUAUUCAUGAUCAACGAAAUCAGGCUCGAAAUGGACAUCCUACUCACAUCCGAUCUGUGGCCCGAAGGCUAUACAGUCUAUUCGCACAAUGAAAACCCCCUGUACAGCACGGCCUACACGGCAAUCAUGACCAGGAACUACAGCCUCAGCGAUAGGGUAAUCAGGCAUUUCAGUUUCGGAAUCUUUACAGGAGUCCAUAUCAGGAAUGAACUCGAUCAAGAAGUACUGAUUGUGAGUGUCUACAGACCGAUUGCCAAACAAGAUGACAGUUGCUUUUAUAAAAAAUAUCAUAACAAUAACCAAUUGAUCUUUGUAGACUGGGUCAGAGAAGCGAUCAAGACUGCUGGUGAUUUGAACCUGCCACUGGUUAUUGGAGGCGACUGGAACCUUGAUUUUGAUGGACGGCCUCAAGACGACUGUGAACUUGUGGACCAACUCAAGGAAAUCCUCAGUGGCUACACAGACAUCUGCUCGACUAACACAUUCUUCAGAGGUAACAGCAACUCGAGAAUUGACCACAUCUUCACAAAAUCUAUUCGAUUUCAUAAUUGCAGAAACUUACAGUGGCAUAAAAAGCUAUCCCUAGAUGGCCACAGUGGACAAAGCUUCCAGUUCUACUUCCAAGUCCCGAAGCACAGGAUGAAGGUCGUCUUCAACAGGAAGCUUGAUGAACCGGAACUCAUCAAGAAAAAAGCCCUGGGUAAGUUUGAUGCAAUCUGGGAUAGAAUAAGGCUAACUGAAGAGGCGGAGGAGAAGGUAAACCUCAUUUUCAACGAAACCCGCAAACUACUAAUGAGUUGCUCGAAACCACAGGCAAGAAUAGUGGAAGACAAGUUAGAAUUCACAUACAAACAGAGCAAAGAGCAGGUUAGCUUCAUUAAUCUCAAAAACAUCUGUAGGAAUCUUCUCAAAUCAGCGAACGACCGGGAAAAAGAUGAACUCAAGAGGCUCCUUUCCAAAGUGGGAAGCGUAAUCGCUAAAAUCGAGGUGAGAGACAAAAAAAGAACAAGACAGAAAUUAUCUCUUAGAGCAACCGAUGACAAAAAUGCCGUAUGGGACAUCUUCAACAAAGAAUGUAAACCGAAUCAAGUAUGGGAUGUGGACAGGACCUACACCCCGAAUGAACUAGCUGACAAAGUCACAAAACUACAGGAAUCAACUGCCUCAGACAGAUGGCUAAAUGAGCCUCUAAAUCGGAACCUACCAAGCGACAUGAUGGAAUUCUUCCCCUACUGCUUUAAUGGAGAAAACAAACACCCGUCAAUUCUACACAAAUUCAACAACCUAAAAGACUCGACAAAAGGCUGGUCUGGUGUAAACAAAACAUUCUUGGACGCGCUACCACUGGCAUUUCUCCGCAUCUUCCUCUUGCUUCCGAUCUCAACCUGCCUGGAGAAUGGAAUCUACCCAGAAAGCCUCAAAACGAGCCGCAUCACUAUCCUGCCGAAGAAGAACAAAGGAAUUCGCCCAAUAGCUAUAGGGGAAGUUCUCACAUCUGUACUUGAAAAAGUGAUCAAAGGAAGCCUCAACCAAUUCCUCGAAUGUGUCGGUGCGUUACCUGAUGCCCAAGCAGGAUUUAGAAGUGCAAUGAGCUGUGGCACAAGUCUCUUCGAGAUGAGUUUAUCGAAACUGGCGUUUGACGGCUGCGGCAGCUGGUCUAAUGCCAAAAACUCCGAACCGAAGGUCUUCGGCUUCCUCAACUCGGUCCUGGAUACAAUCUAUGCGAGGGACAUUGAUGAAUUAAUGGAGUCAGCGAACUCUGAGCUUCGACUGCUCGAGGAUGUCUUGACAACCCUUGGGAUUGAACAACUUCUGAAUAACAACAAUGUCGGGACACUAUUUCGCAUCAUGUUGGUCGAUCUCUGGGUACUUGCAGUCAAGAAUUGUAUUCCCCCUUGCAUGAUCUUCACGUAUUUGAAGAUCUCGCCUGCUGGUGCCAAGAAGCAAUUCCUCAGCGAAAUUUGUGUCAAAAACGACGGGUUACUUCCGACCGUCUCUGACCUUCGUUUUAAAACUAAACUCUUGGUCCCAAGUGGUCUCAUUCACACCAAUCUUUUCUCUGAAGACAUAGGCUUACCAUCCAGCGAAGCUGCGAUCAAAUUCGUCCACCAGCUUAAAUCACGAUGCUCAUGGGGUGAACUAAUCAGUUAUGUUGCCAAAUUCGGAAACGACAAGGACUCCAUAACGGAAGACGAAGUAGAAGAAACGCUCUUGAGUUGGGUCAGUCAGCAGGAAAAGGAUAACGUCCUACUCAGAAACAUAGCUGACUGCAUGACGAAAACUCUGGGAGGGGAAAUUAACGAUUCGAACUCCUUCGCUUUGUUCUCGGGCCCCUACUCUUACGCCAAUGCAUGCGCCUUCGACGGCUUGAAGAAGAGUGCUCCCUUCAUGGCUGACGACGUAAAAGUGGAGCUAGUAAACGCAGCGGGGAUCCCAGUCAAUAACAGUAUUCUGAACAAAUGCAAAGCAAGGCAUGGCCUCAGGGUCAACUGCCCUUUAAUUUUCCAUCCACUUCGAAUGUUCCACUUCAAGAAUGAUCGGGAACUGGUUGGCGCGGCUACCACCAUUUAUAACCACCUGGUCAGAUCUCUUGGAAAUGCUCUAGCAACAGCUCAGCUAAACUUCAAAGACGCUUAUCUUGGAAGUAGCGCUAUUGAAAACGCUGCACCUUCGGUCAUGGAAUUCUCCCUGGCCAAACUCACAACCAAUCUUCUAGAAGCUUCGAUCCUCACCACCCAAAACUCAUUAAACGGAACGCGAGAUCUGGUUGCGAAAAAAUUCUCCCUCUUACUCACGGAGCACUGCAAAGAAGAGGUAACAAUCGAAAAACUCGAGGAAGCGGAGAUGGCCGAAGGCAUUUCCACAUGCUGGGCAACUUUCCUGCUAAACACGCUGCAAAUUGGGACAAAGGGCCUAAACUUUCUGGAAGUCAUCGCGAAUGAAAGAAACAUCUCUCUGGCCAACUUACUACACAAUUGUCUCGGAACAUUCUUUUGGGGAAAAGGAAGCAUCGGCCAACGACCCACUCCAGGCCCUCGUGGGAUUCAUCUGGAGAGGAAUCAGGAUGAACUUCAGGUUAACAUCUACCUUGCCUUGAACCACCUGACUGCCAACGGCGAAGAGGUGGAAAAUAUUAUCUCCAAUCUCUUUGACAUUACCCCAAGAAUGAUCUUGAAAGAAUUCAAGCUCUCAAAGAAAAGAAAAAGACUUUCGAAUGAUUUGCUGCCACCCCUCUCCCCAGUGAAGACCAGCAAGUCCCUCAAAUUUGCAGAUGAAAUGGACUCACUCAUCCUAGCCGAACCGCUAGCACGAAAUACCGCCGAGCAAGCUCCGAUUGCUGGACGCAACAAGAUUGGAUCACCAAGGAUGGGAAUGUCAGAGACAACCAAUUCGUCGCCACCAGGUCCAUCAACCCAAAGCCUUCUCAAGCCAGACGCUAACAAUGAGGAGGCGAGUGAAUCAAAGAACUCCGUCUCAGCUGAAGAUGAAAGCGCUGGACUCGAGGACACUCCUUCCUCGCAUGAUGACAGCUUCUUGGACGAAGAAGAGCCCACGGGCGGAGUAACCUUCCACAAAGAAUCCGCAGAAAGUUUGAGGAUUAACCUAGCCGCCCUUUGCGCCGAGGACAAAGAAGUACCAUCCAGUGAAACCCUCGGAAACCAGCCAGAUCCACUCGACAAGAACUAA